UCUGUCUUAAUUUCUAUAUACACUUCUCUGCUUUUGUGCUGCCUUUUGUGUCAAGGACGGAAGAUUCAGAAUGUUGUGUACACAUGUGUUCCAUAAUCCAAUGUUGUGUACACAUAAGUUCCAUAAUCCAAAAAUCUACAAUCUGAAAUACUCCAAACUCUGAAACUUGCACUCAACUCAUGGUUUUUUGAUUUUUGAAGCAUUUUACACUGGGGUCCUCUACUAGUAAAGUGCAAAUACUUAAAAAUCUGAAAAAUUCCACAAUCUAAUAGCCUCAUGUAGCUCAGGCUGGCCUCAAAUUCCCUAUAUGGCCAAGAAUGACCUUGAAUUUCUGAUCUUCCUGGAUCUACCUCCUCUGAUUGAACUCAGAGCCCUGUCCUUUCUAAGCAAGCACCCUAUCAACUGAACUACAUCCCUAGUCCCCAUGGCCCUGAGCCUUUUGGUGAGGUCACCGCCUUGUGUUUCUUGAAUGCAGCCUAAUGACUGUUGCUCAUGCCUUUCUCAUUCCACAGAGGGUGGGCGAAGGCAUGAGAGCUGUGACCUCAGUGUUGUGUGGGUGGUGGGGUUGUAGCUAGCCUGGGUCCUGUCUCCAUGCCUGGAUGGAGACCACCAAGAUGAAAACCACCAAGUCCCUGAGGCUUCAAGCUGUAAAAGGUAGUAACUCGCAGGCUGGCUUUGGCUCACAGUGGGAGUUCUGUUCCACUUUGCCGUGUUGUUUCAGCUUUUACCGUUUUAGUUUGGACUCUUUAACAUGUUUAAGUUGCCAAUAUUGAGCUUCGUGUAUAUGUAUAACUCUGGCAUCUCUUGGCAGAGGAACUGUGUGCCAGCGCUGGGUCUGGGUCUCACAUAGUUGCCUCUUACUUAUUUAUAUAUUUUAUUACAUGUGCACGUUUGUCUGUUCAUCACAUGUGUGCCAGGUACCCACUGAGGGCAGAAGAGGGUGUCAGAUCCCCUGGAGCUGGAGGUAUAGAUGGUUGUGAACUGCCGUGGAGUGCUAGGAGCUGGGUCAGGGUCCUUUGACUACUUAGCCAGUGAUCGUAACUACAGAGCCAUCUCUCUAGCCCUGUGAACUGACGAUCUAAUGUCAUUUUAGCUUUGCCUGUGCCCCUCCUUGGUUUUGUCUGCUUCCCAUUCUCUUAGGGGGUCUCACAGCAGGGUUUCUAAACCACUAAGCGAGACCACUUGGUUCUCACUUUCUUACACCACCCACAGUCUCAACACUGAGGACAUCCCAGGCAGAACUCCUCCCUCUCUGUGUUAGGACUUGGAGCCAAGCCCUCAUGGCUUUUCUGUGUUCCCAACUUAGGACCAACUGCUGCCAAUCUUGAGCUAUUCUGUGGUUUUUGGCUAGGCAGCAUGCAGGGCCAGAGGAGUCUUCUGAACCGUCAUCCUGGAGAAACCCAUGUGAACUAUAUGGAAGAGAGAGAGAAAGGACAGUACCUGCCACCUCAAAAGAAAACUUGCCAUGCUCCAUACUUCAGUACUGAGAGCAGCACAAUGGAGAAAGACUCGACAGGAGGAAACAGGAAACCCCCAAAGCCCCGCUCUAUCCAGAAGUCGUGGUUUACAAAGUUUCCAUGGUUGAUCAUGAAUGAGGAACAAACAGCCCUGUUUUGUGCUAUCUGCCGAGAAUACCCAUCUGUCAGGGACAAAAGGUCACGGUUAAUAGAAGGCUACAGGGGACCAUUCAAGGUGGAAACUCUCAAAUACCAUGCCAAGAGCAAGGCCCACAUAUUCUGUGUCCAUGCCCUGGCCGCCAAGGACCCCGUCUGGGCAGCCCACCUUCAGAAUCUCAGGGAGAGUCCUGCAGAUCUCCUGGCCAGCCCUGAACACCUCCUCACUGCAGACAAUCCCACAUUCUACCUGCCAGGGCCUCUGGGAAACUUUGAUGGCAUAGAUGAGCUUCUGUCCAGCCCAAGAGCUGAACCAGAGGACACCUCAGGGAGUGGAGCCAUCCCUGCAUUGAGUUUAGACUGCGAGUCAGAUCUGAGGCAAAAAGAAAUUGGCAGUGACAUCCUCAGUCCCUCAAAUGGCAGCACAUUAUUCAAGGACAGUACUGAUUUCUGCAGCCAGGAGCCUCCUGACCAGGAGUGGCCGGAGGGUUUCAGGGAGUCCGGGGAGCCCCCUGCCACAUUUGAGGACUUGGCCGUGUAUUUCACUCGGGAGGAGUGGAGCCUGCUAGGCAAGCAGCAGAAGGAGCUCUACAGCGAUGUGAUGCGGAUGAACUAUGAGCUGCUGGCUUCUCUGGCAGAGCCUCCUGCUGCCACGCCGGACUUGAUCACAAAACUGGAACAGAGAGCUGCACCCUGGAUCGAGGACCCUAAUGGGUUAAAGUCAGGGAAAAGUCGCUCCCUAGGGAGAGAGAAGAUGGAGGCAACGAGAGAAGCCAACAGCCAGACCCAGGCCUCGGCUCUAGAGUUCGUCUCUCAGCCGGCCUCUGUGGAGACAUGCAGCGUGCACCGCUCUCCCAGCAUGUGCGAAGAAGAAGUGGACGGACCCAGGAAUGUCAAGAGCACAUACAGGCCCCGUUCCAUUCAGAGGUCAUGGUUUGGGCAGUUUCCCUGGUUAGUAAUGGAUUCCAAAGAGACUAAGCUGUUCUGCUCUGUUUGCAAAGAAAGGCCAACUCUCCACGACAAGUCAUCCCGCUUGGUCCAAGGUUACACUGGACCUUUUAAAGUGGAAACUUUAAAAUACCACGAGGUCAGUAAGGCGCACAAAUUGUGCGUCAACACUGUGGAGAUCAGAGACGACAGCCCUCAGCCUACUCUCACCCCAGAGAUCUCCGGUGCCCUCAUGGCCAACAUGGAGCACUUCUUCAAUGCUGCCUACUCCAUUGCCUACCACUCCAGGCCUCUGAAUGACUUCGAGAAGGUCUUGCAACAGCUCCAGAACACCGGCACCACACUACUAGGCAAGUACCGGAACCGCACCGCAUGUACCCAGUUCAUCAAGCAUAUCUCAGAGACUCUGAAGAAGGAGAUCCUGAGGGACAUCCGGAACUCUCCGUGUGUGAGCCUGCUAUUGGACAGCUGCGUGGACUCCUCCAGCCAGGCCUGCGUGGGGAUCUUCAUGCGUUACUUGAAGCAGACGGAGGUGAAGGAGUCGUACAUCACCCUGGCCCCCCUCUCCAGUGAGACAGUAGACGGGUACUUCGAGACCAUCAUUGCCGCCCUGGAUGAGCUGGAUAUCCCUUUCCGGAAGCCUGGCUGGGUGGUGGGUCUGGGGACCGAUGGGUCUGCCAUGCUGAGCUGCAAGGGAGGCCUCACGGAGAAGUUCCGGGAAAUCAUCCCUCAGCUGCUGCCUGUGCACAGUGUGGCCCAUCGGCUGCAUGUGGCUGUGGUGGAUGCUUGCAGUGACAUUGAUCUGGUGAGGAAAUGUGACCGGCAUAUCCGGACUGUCUUCAAGUUUUAUCAGUCCUCAAACAAGAGGCUCAGUGAGCUGCAGGGCGUUGCAGCCCCACUAGAGCAGGAAAUCAUUCGUCUGAAGGACUUGAAUGCUGUCAGGUGGGUGGCCAGCAGAAGGUGCACUCUGAAUGCGUUUGUCAUGAACUGGCCUGCCCUGGUGAGGCACCUCCAGAGUGUGGUGGAGGCUGGAGGCCAGGUUGGUCAGAGGGCCAAGGGCAUUAUGAAGCUGAUGAAGAGCUUCCAUUUCAUCAAGUUCUGCCACUUCAUUUUGGAUUUCCUGAGCAUCUAUAAGCCUCUCUCUGAGGUAUGCCAGAAGGAUCUUGUGCUGGUCACAGAACUGAAUUCAACCCUGGGGCGAGCCUAUGUGGCACUGGAGAGUCUCCGCCAACAGGCAGGGCCCAAAGAAGAAGCGUUCAAUGCUGGCUUCCAGGAUGGGCAACUCCAUGGCAUCUUCCUGAACAGAGUAGAGAUGGCUGAGCAGCGAUUCCAGGCAGACAGGGAGAGAACAGUCCUGACGGGGGCUGAGUUCCUCCAGCAGAGGUUCGGCGCAGAUCGGCCUGCACAGCUCAGGAGCAUGGCGGUGUUUGACACCACGGCCUGGCCUAGAGGGGCCGAACUGGCCUGCUUUGGGAACCAUGACAUUCUCAGCCUUGCCAGGUACUUUGCACUUUCCCUCCCAGUGGGAUACCGCGAGGAAGCACUGCUGAAGGAGUGGCUCAGCUUGAAAGCAGCUACCCAGAACCUUCCAUUCUCCACGCUGUGUAAGAGCGCCCUGACUCAGCCCGGCCAAUUCCCUCUGCUGAGCAGACUUGUGGCUGUGGUGGUCAGUGUGCCCAUCUCCACGGCCUGCUGUGCACGGGGGUUCAAGGCCAUGAGCAGGAUCAGGACCGAUGAGAGGACCAAACUUUCCAAUGAGGUGCUCAACACACUCAUGAUGACAGCAGUGAAUGGCGUGGCAGUUACAGAAUAUGACCCUCAGCCAGCCAUCCAGCACUGGUACUUGACCUCUUCAGGACGCCGCUUCAGCCACCUCUAUGCCUGUGCCCAGGUGCCUACCCGCUCCCAUGCCAAUACAGGGUUCAGGAAGGAGGGGAUGGCGGCAGCACUUAGUAAGGAGGAUUCUGUAACCCAGAAGACAUCCGGCACACCAUCUGGGGAGCCAUGAGGUUUGGAAAAGUCACGUGGUCAAGGUUCCUACACCCCUAUACCAUCUCAAAGAUGCCAUGGGCCUGAAGAAUAGUGGCCUAGACAAGGUUUUGGGGCCUCCUUGAUUAUGGAGAAGGCUUUCUGAAGAUUCUAGGCUAUCCUGGUGUGAUACCUUAUGGGCCCAGAAUGUGGGCAGUGACAAAGGGUUGAAGCACACAUCCCAACGGGACAAGGCCCUCAAGGUGAGCAGUGCCUCCCAGUGCAAAAGCAUUCCAGACAAGCACUUACCUCAAGUCCAUGUUGUCCAAAGAUUCGUGCCGUGAGAGAGUUCAUCCCACAUACUCUGUUGGCAGAGGAUUUUCCUGAAGUGGGAGAGUGGGUUGGCGGGUGAAAGGAGCACCCUAGUUCUCUACAUCCAUGGCACAAAUGGGAGGUGACCUAUGAGGAAGGCCAUUUGAUGGUGGAAAUGAUUGUGCUGCAGGGACCUUGGCCUGCUGCAGAAGCUCCCAGGAUGGCCAUUCUGGACCGCUGCCGAGGCUCAUGCAGUAGAAUCAAGGAGACCCUACCCCUCAAGGCCUGCCUUUAGCAUGAAACGGACCAACAUCCUUUGCACGGAGCAUGAGAAAGGUGGUCUCACCAUAUCUCCCACAUAGUAAAGCACGCUUCCUCUGAAGGGAGCCUGGUGAAGGGAAGGGAACCCUCCACACCUCUCAACCCUUGGGUUGGCUGCUGUGGUUCCAGACAGAUUCCUGAGGAAUUCACAAAAGGUGGGAGCUGGAAGGUGUUGGAUCCAGGCCAGCUCUUCUGCAGACAGUGUGCCUAUGAUUAAUCCCUUCCUCCUUUCUGUUCCUCAUUUUCACUCCUCAUGUGGUUGCCAUAGAGAAUCCAAGUGCCUGUUGGCUCCAUGUAGCCAUAGCAGUAGUCAGUGGGAGCCUCAAAGUCCUGGAGAAGAGGGCUUGUCUAGAGCACUUAGCUGCUCCUACCCUGCACUUGUCCUUAGUGGCAAUGGUAUCAGCUUUGCCACUCGAGUUAUACUGAGGCAGAGGUGCUGUCCUCACCUACUGUCCACAGGACAGAUGCACCCGUCCUGCAGAAGGCCCUGCAGCCUGCUCAGAAGCACCAGAGCCUGGCAAAGUUCCGUGUCCUGGAUGUGUAGACUCACACUCCCAAAUCCAGCUCAGCAGCUACAGUCUCUCCCCAGCUUCCCCAGGACCUUUGUGGGCAUCAUCUAGGUUAAUCACCAUUUUCACUUGCAUAGAAGCGCCUUCAGGAAAACUAGGUCUUUGAGCCCUCUCCCAUUUUCCCCUUUAUGGUUAAUUGAAGCAUCUUCCUUCCUGGGCAACCUGACCCUGCAGGCUCAGUGUCUGCCUAUUUGGUUAGGACGAACUUUUCUAGGCUCUGCUUAUUUGGCCUCAGGUUGGAGAAUUGCCCAAUGGAAGGACUCUUUGCCUCUGUGACCUCAUUUUAAAUGUGCAGGAGCCUUACUUGCUGCCCAUCUGCUGUAGACCGCUGGUCUGUGCCAUAAGCACGCAGCCUCUGACCGAGCUACCUACCCACUCCAGCAGGUGCUGAAAGCCCAGGUGGUUGUGCACCCAGGAGCCUCAGCACUACGCAGGCCUUAUGCUCUCUGCCCCAGUACAGCCUUGGUGUGCAGUGCAGUUUUCCCGCUCAAGAAGAUCCCCUGUCCAGCCUAGGAGCGUGCAGGAAAGGGGCAGACAGGCCUUUGACUCCAAACCUUGGAGGUGACCCAGGCAAAACCUCAGAGUUCAGGGAUUUUCCAGGUCAGAGUUGAGCCAUCUGUAUGGCUCCACAAGUGCCUCUCCUACAAUGUCUUUCCUUUAAAAAAUACCAAAAGCAAGAUACCCGUCCUGUGUAAGGUAGCCAUGGUUUCUGGAAUGAGGUUUGGGGAGCUGAGGUGGCUACAGGGUGAAGCAGCGCCUUGUCUUCUCCACACCAGCACCCUGAGGUCACUUCCUCGUAUGGAGCAGGCUGUUUCUAGGCUAAGUCUACCCAGAAACACAGGGUGGCCAGCAUGCAUAGAGCAGCUUUCUUAGCCUCGGCGUCUUAACUCAGGUUUUCCUGACCCUUUGCCAGCUCAAGACAGAGAAGCAAUAUUCAUGUUUAGCCCCUGAUAGGGGUGCAUGGUGAGUACCCUCACCUUGUAGCCUUUGUGCUCAGGCUGGUCCUGUUUGACUCUUAGGCAUGGCUGCAUUUCACUGGGUGCGUCUGGUUUCAUCUCAGGGGAAAACAAGCCGGGGGCACUGUAAGGAGGAGGAGGCACUAUCCCUUUGGCCUCAGACCCCUGGCCUCCCCCUCCUUUCCUGCCUUUUAACAUGCUUGAUGCCCCUACCCAAUCUAGCUGUCUGUCUAUGUAGUGUCGGCUGCCCUGAAACUUGCUAUGUAGAUGAGGCUAGCCUUGAACUCACAGAGAUCCAUGUGCCUUUGCCUCCCAGGUGCCGUGAUGCCGUGAUUAAAGGCUUGUACCACACCCCCUGGGUCCUGCCUGUUCUCAUCUUGUAUAUCUCCUGGCACACAUCCCUCCCCUUGUCUGGUAACUUGUGCCCACUGGGCUGCUCCAAGUAGCCAACAUUGGACUCUGCACUUUGAUUUCAGUAGCCAUAGAAACUUGGGGAAGUGAGGAAACUCAACUUCUGACUUUCUGAACACAGUAGAGGGUAGCCACCUCCAGACCUGGUACCACAAAGGGCAAGUCCCUAGAGUGCUAAGUGUGGUCAGAACAAUAUGGGGGGUGGGGGUGGGGUCGCCAGAAUGGCAUCUGUGUAGCCAGAAACAAAGAUGACUGCUCGGGAAUGCUCUGGACUCCUGGUUUUAAGGUUGUACAAAUUAGGUUUAAAAACCAUGUUCAAGUCUUAACUUUUGCUAUUUGAAUAAAGCAGAAUUUGACUUUA